ACCAAUAACGAUGUAGGUAGGUAAUCCGUGAUGGCCGGUGAUGGCUGUGGAAGUUUGAGGAGUUGCUGUGGUAUUUAUGUUUCAGUAGUGAGUUAAUUUUGCUGUGAUAUACUUUUGCUGUAAUUUGUGUUAUAUUCACAAUAAUAUGGGUAGAUCCAGGACAAGAAGUAAGUCGCCUAAAAGACGGCAUAAAAGUAAACAUACACGCAAACGUUCAAAAUCUCGUGAUAGAAGUAGUCACAGUAAGCACAGAGAGAAAUCAAGAGAACGUAAUGCCAAAUCAAGGAAACGAUCACAUUCCGAAUCAUCCAGUAGUAGUUCAUAUGUAUCUGAUGAAGCUACCAGAGCAGCAGGACAUACCAGAAAGAGGACUUAUCAUGACAGAAAAAUGGAUGAAGUAGAAAGACUGGCAGAAAUGGAAAGACAGAGAAGGCAAAGAGAGUUGGAGCAGAAGAUGGUGGAAGAAGAAACAGCAAAAAGAAUAGAAGAGUUGGUAAAAAAGAGAGUAGAAGAGGAACUAGAAAAGCGAAAAGAAGAGAUUGAAGCUGAAGUUCUUAGAAGGGUUGAAGAGGCCAAAAAAAUUAUGGAGAAGCAAAUGAUGGAAGAAAUGGAGAGGCGAAGAGAGCAGCAAUUGGAAGAGGAGAAGAAGCGAGAGAGACUGAAUGUCAGUUUCAAAGUAAGGUUCAUCAUCUGUAGAAAGAAGACUGCAUCGUUAGUACUAAAGAAUGCAUUUGAGGCUGAGUUUACAGUUUGCGGAGGAAGAGGUCUUGGCUCCGCCGCUACAAGGAAGAAGAAAGAAAGAAACGAGAAGAACUUGAGCAGAUCAUGGCAGAAAACAACAGAAAAAUUGAAGAAGCCCAGAAGAAACUGGCGGAAGAAAGAUUGGCUAUGGUUGAAGAGCAGAGAAAAAUGGAAGAAGAGAGGCAGAGGCUGAGAAAAGAGCAGGAGAAACGAGUUAAGGAAGAACAGAAAAAGAUUCUUGGAAAGAAUAACUCUCGGCCCAAACUAUCCUUUUCACUGAAACCUGUAACAUGAACAUAGGCACAGUGAGUUGAGACUUGUGUUCUUAUAAUUAUAUGGGGCAAGAAUAAUCCUAUAUGCAUUGCAAAUAUGACUACUGAACUUGUAUAAUAAUAUUGAUUUAAUUAGUUGAUAUGAAAAAAAGAGUGGAAGCAAUUAUUGUCAGUAAAAUAUACCUGUGGCAUAGCACACUGUGAACACUUGGAAUGCGAUUGUGUUAAUAUCUGUUCCAAGUGAUUGUGGGAAAGCAUUUGAACCAGACAUAACAUUUAUCUGAUAUUUAUAUCCAAAAGCAACGGGAAUUAUGUCAAGUACCAAGUGUCAUUUCUGGUCCACAUUGCUGUGCUUUUGGUUUCUGCGUUGGUCUCAUCCGAGUGUAUGGCAUGAUAUGUAAGAAUGAUACAUGAAUAUGUUUUUAAUAAGUUGUUCUGUUUUAGUGGAUCUCUUCCAUAUGAGCACCCGAUAUUUAGAAAAUAGAUUAGGCCAGAUCUGAUUCAGUGCUCAAAUUUUGAAAAUUUGUCAGCCUUAUGAUUCAAAGUCUGCUGUAUUCAUUGUACCUGUGGAAUAGAAUUUCACUGAUUCAGUGACGCCUGUCAAGUGUAUACAAAGUACGUUAUUUUAAGGGUUGAUCACUGUAAUACGCAUUGGUUUACUUUUAAGAAUAAUUUACCACAAAUAGAUAUAGUGAGUUGUGUUAGUUGCUUGUUCAGAAUCAUAGUGUUUUAACUUCAGUCUAUGUUGUUUUGUAAAAUCAAAGUUACUGUCAAGAUCUUAAAAAAUUAAAUCCAUGGCGUAACAACUCCUGAGAGCCAAAGCCGACUAGCUUGACUGCUGGCCUCACGUUCACAUGCCUAAGCAUAGGUGAAUGAUCAUCCAACCAGACAUAGGGUGACGUGUGGUCAGCACAACGAACCACCAGCCACUGUCAAGAUCUUAUGUAUUACAAUUAUCUAAAAAUUGUUUUUCUUUUGUUCCGUUCGUAGUUAUGAUUAUACUGAAAACAGCGAAGAAAUAUCAAGCAUCAGAGGGGCUGGUAAUAAUGCAUACUGCUUCAGCUGUAAUGUCAUGUUUUUCGCUUACCGCCACGUGGUAGAAGACUUGUUACUUUCUUAAUAAGGAUACAUGUGCACAAUAUAAUUUAUAAAAAAAUGUUUGCAGAUGGAUAUUAUAAAACUCCUUGCAGGUAUGUGUGCCACAUACGUAGUUUACGAGUAAUUUGCAUCUAUAAUUGCGAUACAGAAAAUUAGGAUUAAUUGAAAUUAAUGGAAGCGUGAUUUGAAGCGAGUUUUCUUCGAGUUCUUCGGUAUUGCCUUUCUAAUCAGCAUUCAAAUCUGUCAUUGCCCCAUUAGGUAGUGAUAGCACUGACCAAGUGUUCAUCAUCAUAAUUUUAGUCUUCAGGUAAGGGCCUUAUCUGUGACCUUACACUCUCAGAAGAAAGGUGCGAGUAGUUUAGUUUAUGAAGAAGUAAGUUAGGUAUGCACUUGUUAAGUUGGAAAUGUAAUUGCUUUGUUAAUAACACCAAAAUUCAAAGACUUGAAAAUAUGUUCAGUUUGUGUUUUAGGAACAUUACAACAGAUUUUAAUACUCGAAUUGGUUUUAAGUAGGUUUAAUUUUAAUGGCAGUGAUUGAAAUUGAACUUCAAGUGUUUUAAAUUAUUAUUCAUUAGUAAUUGUUCACUAAUCAUGAGAACAGUUUGUAACAAACAGUCCAAAAAGUGUCCCUUUAAGAAAUUACUGUGCUCAUAUUUGUGGAACAUGGUAUAGGUGUAUCACAGUUAUCUUGCUUCAUUGGUGUGGCUGGGGUAGUCUGAAGUUUUUACAUUAUUUAUCUGCAAAUGUUGGCAUACAAGGCCCCCCCCAAAAAAAAAAAAAAAAAACAAUUUAUAA